UCAAAAAAAAAUCCACCGCUGCCAGAGACACUGAUCUGAGGUCACGUAUGGGACGGUGAGAAGGCAAUCAUGCCUGUGCAAUUGGCGAAGUAAAAUUAAAAAAUCAACAACAACGCCAGCGAGAAAGAUUUGGCACCGCUGGCAGGAGUAUCACAUUCAGGUUUCGGUGCGGUAAAGCAUAAUUAUACAGUACCGACGCUUCACUUCGGACUACAUUGCUGUUGUAAGUUAAAGUCGUUCUUUCGAUCAUUCACCUGCCAGCACAGUGUCAGUAUCGAAGGACAUAUCCAGCCUAGCGUUUACCAACCUUGCAGUACUCAAACCAGCCGCAGUGAGAGUGAGAGUGAGAGCAGCAGUGACGUACAUGUAGAUCCAGUGCUCAUACAACGAUCAACACAGGCGACACUGAACGCCGGUGCCGGUGAGAAUGGGAGGUGGCGGGUCGCAGAUAGCACCGUUGCCUGCUCCGCAUGGCCAGUCGCUGCCAGCAGUCAUGCAACCAUCGGAGGUACCCGAGCUAAUGGCCCAACCAAAGCCAACCAAAGCAAGCCUUCACGCGGCAAGGACACCAAAGAUCGACGAGGACAGUAUACCACGUCAGCCAGUGAUCAUGAACCUGGAGCACGGCGUGGUGUGCAGUCACGUUAAGACAACAGAGCCUAGCACGGACGUGCCGGCUGCAGCCACGGCACCGAGCUCGACGCGGCCGCCUCGAAGCCAGCCCGUUGCCACGACAACGACGGACGGCAGACCGGCAGCAGCACGACGGUCACGGACAACAAACAACAUGUACUACCACGCGCGGAUCACUACUACUACUACUCGUGAUGGUGUUGAACAAAUAGAGCCACACAAGCUCCUGAAAGUCGUCCGUGGUCCGCGCAAGGCCAGCGGUCGGAAGCUUCACUUCAUCAUGGCCAAAGGCGAAGUGGAUUCUCCAGCCGAUAUCAUCAGGUCUCCAUCGACGAUGCCACAAGGAAAGGGCUACCAGUGGCCGGAGUCGUUCAGGGAUGCGUCGAAGCGACACUUCGUGCUUACAUUCUCUAACCAAGAAGACAUAGCUGAACUGGAAGACUCGCUGGCAUUGGAUCAACUGGCAUCGGUGUCCGGAUCGGACGUGAAUAUACUGGGAACGAACGAUGACGGUGGAAGCUUGCGACUUGCCCUGCGAGGGACGACGACAGUGGGUGAUGUCAAGGCCCAGCUAGCCAUACACUUUCUCCAGUCCGCACAGCAUCUGGAGCUGCACUUCGAAGGUGUUAACGAGCCGCUGAGCGAUGUACUUGUGGUUAGUAGCCUGGCAGAUGCAGCCAGUGGGAACUGGGACACUUUCCUUGUCCUUCUGAGCGAGCUGUGAUGCACUUCCACGCGGUUAGCAAAGCUUCUCCUGCUGGUUGCAAGUCUCGGAAGACAGAAGAAUGAGCGCAGCCCCGUAGCACGCUAAGCAGUGUGCCACAAAUGCACCGUUAUUUUAACUUAUUAUAUACUCUACAGACCAAGCAUACAUUGGUGACAGUUCAAAAAAUAAUUAUAUCGGUAUCCAGUAUAUGCUGCUAUAGAAGUAUACUUGUUUGCAAAGGCUGGUGUUAUCAUCCCAGUACUACCAUAGUACUCCAUUACAGGAGCAAGAAGGCAUUUUACUACUGAAACCUGCUCGUGAAUAUGUGCUCAUCUACACAUGGUGACCAGUGAUGCCACUGGUACCAACAGGUUUCUGUGAAGUCUGUUUUAAAGAGCAUAUAAUUAUGAAUACUAUUUAUCCACAUGCCGGCAUAUCCCCCCACUGCCACAUUUUGACCAUUGAGUAUUUACGUGGCACCGCAUUUUGGUUCCAGUAGAACCUCAUUUAUCCGCAUAAAAAUUAUCCGGAACCUCACUUGCCCAGACUGCCAUUUUUCCAGGGCUAUGAGUGCAGCCGAUUUUGAAAGUUUUUCUUUCUUUCUUUAUCUUUAAAAAAAGAAAGAAAUAACAUAAGGAGAGGAAAUCGGUACCGUUGGUCAGUGUCGUGCAAUAUCUUUUUUUCCCUGCAAUUCCCAAGUGUGUCAAUAUUUUCAACAAAAUGUAGCCAUGAGGUGUCCUUCAAAAGAUUGUGAUGGUUUUCUUCCAA